UUUUCAACACCCCCGGAAGUCUUUGUCAGCAAAACCAUGCCUUCCAUUGACGAUUCUCAGACAAUAAGUUGGGCGGAACAAGUGGAACAGGUGGAGGAUGGAGUCCUUCCACCAUCCUCAGAGAAUUAUGACGAGGAAAAGGGCAUAAAGGUUAUCACAGAAUUCAAGUACAAUGAUGAUAGCAAAAUGGUCAAGGUCACCAAAACAUACAAAGUUGAAAAGAGAAAGGUACCCAGAAGCAUUGCAAAGAGAAAGACAUGGAGAAAGUUUGGGGCAGCAGAGAGAGAUCCACCAGGUCCCAACCCAGCCAACACUAUUGUACAGGUGGAGGAGAUCAACAUGCAGUAUGUACAUAACAAGGAGGAGGUGGUAGAACAGGAGGAGGACCCAUUACUGAAACUGAAGAACCAGAAACUGGUGUCCUGUCGAAUCUGUAAAGGUGAUCACUGGACUACAAAAUGUCCAUACAAGGACACUUUAGGACCUCUUCAGGAAAAGCUUCAAGAUGGUGAAAAGCCACCAGUUGGUGAUGCACCUGGGGGACCAGUGCAAAGUCAGGCUCCUGCUGCAGCAGCCCCCAAAACAUCAGGAAAAUAUGUUCCUCCAAGUCUGAGAGAUGGUGUGGCUAAAGGGCGUGGAGAAACAAUGUCCUCUAAAAGGGAUGAGUCAGCUACCAUUCGAGUUACAAAUCUGUCAGAAGACACCAGAGAGUCGGAUUUGCAGGAGCUGUUCCGACCAUUUGGACCGAUUCAGAGGAUUUACUUGGCCAAGGAUAAAAAUACUGGCCAGUCUAAGGGAUUUGCAUUCAUCAACUUCCACAGAAGGGAAGAUGCUGCUAGAGCUAUUGCUGGUGUUUCAGGCUUUGGUUAUGAUCAUCUGAUUCUCAAUGUGGAGUGGGCCAAACCCUCUGGCACCACGUAACUUGAUCAUCUGUGAAAGACUGAAAAGAGCACAUUUUUGGGGAAUACGCUGACUAAAUUUCUAAAUUUUCUGGAAAAUAAUUAACUUGAGUAACUGAAAAUCCCAAACAUAAUUAUAUGUUAUAUAUAUUAGAACUCGUUUUGUUUGUAAUUAUUUUUGUGUUUUAAUACUGUUGAUGGACUUCUGUCGUAGUUCUGAGAAUACUGUACAUGUAUAUCUAUUGCUGGAAUGUAAAUGACAUGCAGUUUGGUUUUCAAAGUCAUGUUGGGGUUUGAGCAUUAAAUGAUGGUAUACCAGCAAAUAAAAAAUCAUGCAUUAGGUCAUUAUAAUUAUUUGCUUAUUUUUGUGUUAUUUGCACAGUACCGGGUAUAUGUAAUCAAUUAAAUGCUUUUUAAAUUAC